AUGUUAGCCGUAAAGAAGCUUCCUGCUGACGCUGACUAUAUAAUCACUCACCACGCCACGUCUUACGACUACAUCUCACCUUUAAAACUGGACCUAGUCGGCAAGCAUGUUCUUAUCACUGGUGCAGCUUGGGAAGAUGGAGUUGGCUUUGCUACUGCCAUGGCCUUUGCACGUGCAGGAGCAUCUUUCAUAGCAUGUGUUGAUCUGCACGGCAUAUCAGAUGAGCUCAUCCACAAGUUGAAGUCAGCCGCAACGCAAGUCAACCGCCCAGAGCCUGUGAUGCUCGGCUACAAGGUCGACAUUGCAAGUCUGGACAGCGUCAAAUCAAUGUGUGACUCGAUAAAAGAAAAGUUCAGUGGGCGGUUGGAUGUUCUUGUUAACAAUGCUGCGCACAUGGAACCAUACAAACCAUUCCUCGACUCAGACCCGGAAGUGUACUGGCGAACAUGGGAAGUCAACCUUCGGGGACCCUUCAACAUGGCGCGCGCAUUCCUCCCCAUGCAGUUAUCAAGCUAUACCAAGGUUGACGGUUCUUGUAUUAUGAUUAACGUAUCGUCGUCAGGCGCGUUGAGCGUUCGUUCCGGCAGCGGGAGCUAUCGAAGUUCGAAGCUUGCAGUGCUGCGAUGGACCGAGUCGUUGCAAGUCGAGUAUGGGGAACAAGGACUUCUGGCCUUCUGUGUGAAUCCGGGUGCGAUCAAAACAAGAAUUACAGAGGGAGUACCCGAAGCGGUUAGGAACGCACUUCCUCAUCAGCCUGACAUAGCUGGUGACACAAUAGCAUGGUUGGCUUCCGAACGCAGAGAGUGGCUUGGAGGGCGAUAUGUUAGCUGCCCAUGGGAUAUGGAGGAGCUUGUCGCCAGGAAAGACGAGAUUAUAGAGAAGGAUAAACUCAAGUUAAGGAUGGUAAUCUGA